AUGCCUCAACGGUUUGAUCGGAUUGUGAGCGCGGCGAUUGAGAAGAGAUUGGGCGGUGGUGGAGAGAAGAAGGAAGGGGAUGGGGUUAAUAACAAGAAGAAGGAUUUGUUGCAGGUUCUGCUGGGUUCUGGUGAUGCCUCGUCCUUGGCUUCCAUGGCCCAUUUCAAAGCCCUGCUCCAGAUACCGGAAGUCGGCGGAUUCACUGUCCCCCAAGGGACGGAAGUCGUCGUCAACGGCUGGGCCAUCCACAGGGACCCUCAGUUCUGGGACGAGCCGUCGGAUCUCCGACCGGAGCGGUUUCUGGACGGUGGGGACGGGAGACCUCGUUUGAUUUCAUGGGCGGCGGGAGCAGUGGUUUCCGGUACAUUCCGUUCGGGUCGGAGGAGCUGUGCGGGAGUUCAUUUGGCGGAGAGGCUGAUGAAGUAUGUAUUGGCUUCGUUCUUGCAUUGUUUCGAGUGGAAGCUUGCCGACGAGGAAGGAGGAGUUGUUGAUUUUGCCGACGAGUUUGCGCUGUUGAUCAAGAAGAAAAGGCCGUUAAUCGCAGUGCCGAGUCCCCGCCUGCUUGCUAGGCCAGAGCUGCUUGCUUAA